AGGACGUUUCCGAAUCAUGAAUUUUUCGCCGCGGCGACGACGAAGGGCGCCGACGGGCGACGGGCGUUGGCCAACAUACUGAAGGCGUACGCGAUACACGACACAAAAGUUGGUUACUGCCAAGGCAUGGCUUUCGUCGCGGGCGUGCUUCUGAUAUACCUAUCCGAAAAUCGUGCGUUCGCGGCGUUCGUCACGCUCAUGGAGAGCAGCGAUUUCCGCUCGAUGUACCUACGCUCGAUGGAAGGCUUGAAGACGCGUCUACGCCAACUCGCCGUCGUACUUCGCGUGAAGAACGCUACACUGGCGCAACACUUAGAAAAGCAUGACGUUGCACCUGUGUUAUACGCGUCGGGGUGGUUCAUGUCUGCCUUUGCUUCUGACUUUCCCGUUCGAUUCAGUGGACGCGUCAUG